CGAAUGCCCACAAACUUCAGCAGGCGACUUAAAGUUCUGUUCAUGCUGUUUUAACCGGAUGUCUGAGUCCCAUUCCUUAUAGUGAGAGGGAAACAAGAGGCCAGGUCCCUGUGGCCUCAAGAAGCUCACAGUCUAGUCCAGUGGCCACGGGAGAAAACGCUAAGGACAAAUCAAUAUACACAAAAUAGUGGGUCGCGGGGGGAAAGGGGAGCUCUGGAACGUUGAACUGGAGAAUCUGAACUGUGGCCUUUGACGGGCAGCACAUUAGGAGAGGCAGCUGCAGUCCGUAGGCCCCCGAAAGAAUGGAGGUCAGCCUGAUGAAGACAGAGCGAUAAAGGACACCCCGCCGUGGGAGCCCCGGCUCGCUGCCUGUCUGGAGGGGAGGUCGACGGCGAGCGCGUGAUAAAUACAGGACGGACCCACGCGGCUGCGGGCCGUCCCUGACCCGGGGCCCCUGGCCGGCCGAGGUCUGGGGUGGGCGAAGCUCCUCCGACGCUGAUGCACACGGUUUUCGAAGAGACUCAGGCGAGAGCCUGGGCGGACGAGGGCCCGCUGGCCCCGGGAGGGCAGCCUCGGAGCCGUGCUCACCGCCGGGGUCCGGAGUGGGCCGGGGCUGGUUCAGCGGCAUGAAGGGAAACCGCGGGAGAGCGCGGAGCGCCGGCGGAGCGCCUUCGGCCCCCGGCACGAAAACGCUUGUUCGCUGCUGCGUGCUGCACGCCUAGGUGUGCGGCCCGGAGGGAGGCGGCCCGAGUUCCAGCAGGUCGGGAAUAAAUCACCGCCAGGCGGAGGAUCCAGAGCCGUCCUUCCUUUUGUUGGGCGAGGAGUGCCGGGCCAGCGCGGCCACACCGCCUUUGCAAAGAAGCGGCUCCCCCGGCUGCACGCGGCUCCGGCCCCGGGGGUCCAGGCAUGGACGGGAAGAGAUGCAGCGUGUGGAUGUUUUUACCUCUUGUUUUUACCCUGUUUACUUCUGCUGGAUUGUGGAUAGUAUACUUCAUAGCUGUGGAAGAUGACAAAAUUUUCCCAUUAAAUUCAGCUGAAAGGAAACUGGGUGUGAAGCAUGCGCCAUACAUAAGUAUUGCAGGUGAUGAGCCUCCUGCAAGCUGCGUGUUUAGUCAAGUUAUGAACAUGGCAGCCUUCCUAGCUCUUGUGGUAGCUGUUCUGCGCUUCAUACAGCUGAAACCAAAGGUUUUAAAUCCGUGGCUGAAUAUUAGUGGCUUGGUGGCGCUCUGUCUGGCUUCCUUUGGAAUGACCUUACUUGGUAAUUUUCAGCUCACAAAUGAUGAAGAAAUCCAUAAUGUCGGAACCUCCUUGACUUUCGGGUUUGGCACAUUGACCUGCUGGAUCCAGGCUGCCUUGACACUCAAAGUCAACAUCAAGAAUGAAGGACGGAAAACUGGAAUUCCACGAGUUAUUCUCUCAGCAUCUAUCACUCUCUGUGUGGUCCUCUACUUCAUCCUGAUGGCCCAAGGCAUCCACAUGUACGCAGCCAGGGUCCAGUGGGGCCUGGUCAUGUGCUUCCUGUCUUACUUCGGCACCUUCGCCGUGGAGUUCCGGCACUAUCGUUACGAGAUCGUGUGUUCCGAGUACCAGGAGAAUUUCCUGAGCUUCUCGGAGACCCUGUCGGAAGCGUCUGAAUACCAGACCGACCAGGUGUAACCCAUCAGGUUUUGCCCGCUGGGGAGGUGGGUGUGGCAGCGGGGGAGGGGCUGGGACACACCCACAGGACUUUACACAUCCCCUCAUGACACACUGCACACGUCCCACACACACACACACACACACACGCGAGCGCGUUUGUGGCCACAUUUGCCAAAUGAGCUUUUCAGGGCGAGUUAUUUACUGAAAAAGCACAAGCCCUGUGUCGAAAUACACGCUGUUACACUGAAAAUACGAUGCACGACAGAGCAAGAAGCUUGUGCAUGAUCACCCCCCCCCCCGCCGACGCCCCUGCUCUCCUGGUCCUUUUCACCAACCCCAGACAUCGAGGCACCCUACCACGGCGUCGGGCAGGCCAAUCGGAACACCGGAACGAUGCCAACUCCCCACGUUGCCUUCAGACCCAAAGGGCUUGGAAGCGGCUCGUGAUGAAGUUCUGAGUCUGGCACUAGCGCACUUGGAUGGACCGAGGGUCACCCAGUUGGAUGGAAACCACACAGGGGUGUGACCCCGCCUCGUACCCUGGGGAGAGCACGGGGUCAAGGACAGAACUUUCCCACACAAGCUCCUCUCAUCGUGGUUCAGUGGUUGGCCGAGCAGAUCUGGUGAAAGGAUACACUACACGCUGUGAGAGGGAAACCCGCCACCGCGACUUGGCCGUGACUGUGACAGAGAAAAUAUUUCCAAGUGUGAGUAUGUGCAAGACCGUGGUCUGCCAGGCGUGCAACAAGAUCAGGGCAGCGAGGGUGUGGUGUCGCUUUUUGCUUCCAUGGUAUGCUGUGUUCAGUUUGUAUUUGACAUUUCAUGGGUUGCCUUUUUUUUCUUUAAGAACUACCAUGGGGCUCUUGAGGCCUCAUGGACAAAAAGGAUGUACGCCAAAUGCAGGAACGGAGCUCGUUUGGGGUUCAACCAUGCUAAAAAAAAAAAAA